CAAAGAGACCGUGGCCCGAAAAGAGAAGGUAAGAAACUCACGACAGGAGUGGAAAAUGUGAGAAAGCUAUGGCAGGAAAUUGUGUAUAUAAAGGACCAUCUCACCGACGAUCUUGGCCACCAGAUCAACACCAAAUCAUCAUCAGAUCUCCACACCACUCCACCAGAGCUUCACCAGCAGCCUUACUCUAUCAAUCGUAUCCUCUCAGCUUCAGUCUUGGAACUAGCUCUCCCACAUAAAUAUUCCCCGUUGAUAACCAACCAUCACAAUCACAAUGGUCCGCUUCGCUAUCACUCAGGUUGGUCUCUGGGCCACAAUCUUUGGCGUCUUCGGCGGAGCCAAUGCCCUGGGAAUCAACUGCAGGGGUAACAGCCAGUGCAAAGGAAGCGCCCGCGAGCUCGUCGGUGUCAUCAACACCAUCGGCAGCGGAUCGUUCAACAACGGCCAGCAGAUUGCCUGUGUCGACGGGUCGCUGUGCGCUUUCUUCCAGGGCGUGCCCGGCGGCUCGGUCGACGCUGCCACGACCAAGAACCUCGCCCAAAAGAUCAUCGACCACGGCUGCAACAGCUGUGGCAGCGUGCCGCUCUCUGACAACAACCCUGCUACUGGCAUUCUCACCUUCAACUUCGUCGGCAGCGUGUGCGCAAAUGGCAACGUCGUUUGCCCCGAUACUGCCAACCCUCCGCCCGCGGCUACUGCCAACGUUGGCAAGUGA